AUGGCGACGGUCGAACAAACCUCUUCCAUGGCCGACCAUUCCCCGCUCACCGAAAAAGGUCGGAAUGUGAGAACGCUAGUUGAAGCAGAUCUUCUAGACGAUCGCUAUGCUACCACUCAGCGUGGUCUGAAGAAUCGCCAUGUUCAGCUCAUGGCCUUAGGUGGCACGAUCGGAACUGGUCUUUUUGUGUCAUCAGGCCAGUCGCUCGCCACCGGCGGCCCUGCCUCUUUGCUGAUUGGAUACAUCUUCAUCUCCGCCAUGGUGUAUGGUCUAGUAACUGCGAUCGCAGAAAUCGGUGCCUACCUCCCUGUCCAUGGUGGCACGAUGAGCUAUCACGGCUUCCGGUAUGUCUCGAGAAGUUUGGGAUUCUCGAUGGGAUACUUGUAUUGGUACUCGCUUGGAAUUCUGGUUCCAUACGAGAUCACGGCCGCUGGACUGGUCAUUGGGUACUGGGACCCGCACGGGACCAUCAACAUUGCGGUUUGGAUUUCGAUCAUGAUGGUUGUGAUCAUCGCCUUGAACUUCCUGCCCGUGAAAUUCUAUGGCGAAUCCGAGUUUUGGUUCUCUGGCGUUAAGAUCAUCACGUUGAUCGGACUGCUGAUGGUGUCUUUCAUUCUUUUCUGGGGCGGAGGACCCAAUCGACAAUUGCUGGGCUUCCAUUACUGGAAGCAUCCCGGUGCCUUCAAUCAGUAUUUGGUACCAGGAGACGCAGGACGAUUCGUUGGUCUGCUGAAAUGCACAGUCUCCAGCGCAAUUGCUUUCAUUUUCGCCCCCGAGUUGAUCAUCAUCAGUGGUGGAGAGAUGGAGUCGCCGCGUCGCAAUGUGCCUCGUGCCGCCCGACGAUACAUUUACCGUCUCGUGUUCUUCUAUAUCUUUGGAGUGCUGGCCAUUGGCGUCAUCUGCCCGUCCAACGCUUCGCGGCUGACGACCGGCGACGGGACUGUGAACUCGUCUCCAUUUGUGGUGGGCAUCCAGAACGCCGGAAUUCCAGUCCUGGAUCACAUCGUUAACGCGGCAGUGUUGACUUCCGCCUGGUCCGCCGGCAACUCAUUCCUAUACAUGUCAUCACGAUCCUUAUAUUCACUGGCUGUGUCGGGCAAUGCACCUAGCGUCUUCAAGUCUUGCAACCGAUGGGGCGUGCCAUAUUAUGCCGUGGCUGCAUCGGCCUGCUUCUCAGCACUGGCCUACUUGUCGGUAGGCAACUCGAGCUCCAUCGUGUUCAACUGGUUCGUCAACUUUACCAACACUUCGGGUUUCAUCUCCUGGAUUUGCUGUUGCGUCGUUUUCUUCCGAUUCCGCAAAGCAGUUAAUGCGCAAGGUAUCGAAAUGCCAUAUCGUUCCCGAAUCCAGCCAUACGGAGCUUACUUUGGCAUGGCUGGUUCAACUUUGAUGUUGCUGAUCAACGGUUUUACUGUCUUUUUCCCUUCCGAGUGGUCUGUGAGCAAUUUCUUCACCGCGUAUAUCGGCAUUCCCGCCUUUUUGGUGCUGUACUUUGGUCACCGAGCAAUGUACUGGAAUGAUCCAUGGGCGUGGCGUCCAGAAGAAGUUGAUAUGCAGACGGGGCUUCAGGAGAUCAUUGAGGCCGAGUUGCCAGAGAGGCCGCGCGGACCGUGGUGGAAGAUCUGGUGA